AUGAACACAAAUUCAUCAUCCACAAAGGCCGAAGCGCUGAUCGCUUCACUCGAGCAGUACGGACAAGGAGAUUACAUUGGCGAAUCUAUCAGUCAGCUAGAACACUGUCUGCAAGCCGCAAAUCAGGCCCGCGAAGCAGGAGCACGAGAUGAACUGGUAAUUGCGACCCUGCUCCAUGAUAUCGGCCAGAUCAUUCCCUUAGAAUCGACCAAGGAAGUGCGCAUGAAUCUCAAAGAAAGCAGCGAAAACGUCGGCCGCGUUGGUCACGAGGCCAUCGGCGCUGCCUACUUGAAGUCUCUGGGCUUCAGCGAGACAGUUUGUCGGUUGGUCAACAGUCAUGUCGCUGCAAAGCGGUAUCUGACGGCUGUGAACCGUGAGUACUAUGAUUCUUUGUCCUCUGCGUCGCAGAAGUCUCUGGCUUUCCAGGGUGGUCCAUUCCAAGGGGAUGAGCUACGAGAGUUUGAGGAAGAUCCUUUGAAGGAUGAGAUGGUUUCGAUGCGUCUGUGGGAUGAUCGGGCUAAGUUGGUUGGCAUUGAGGCUACUACACCUCGUGCCGGCGCUUAUUUGGAUAUGAUUGUUAGCCACUUGUCUUAG